CCGUCUCCCAUCUUGUGCCCCAAUUAAAAACCCUAGAAUUCACACUCACCUCCUGAGAGAAGAAUUGAGAGAAAUGAUGAAGCGUUUGGUGCCAACGUUCAACCGCAUCCUGGUGAAGAGAGUCAUCCAGCCUGCUAAAACCGAAAGCGGCAUCCUCCUCCCAGAGAAAGCCUCCUCUCUGAACUCGGGCAAGGUGAUAGCAGUGGGACCUGGAUCAAGGGACAAAGACGGGAAUUUGAUUCCGGUUUCUGUCAAGGAAGGCGACACUGUUCUUCUUCCAGAGUACGGCGGUACUCAGGUCAAACUCGGCGAGAAUGAGUACCAUCUCUUCCGGGAUGAGGACGUGUUGGGAACAUUGCACGAGGACUGAGAAGGCUUAACACACUCAACUACGAGCGUUCUUGCUGGCCUUUGUGUUAUGGUUCGGGAAAAAAUGUCAUUUUUAUCUUUUUUUUUUAUAUGAGGUUGGACUUUGUUGAUUAUUAUUGAAAUUCAGACAUCAAACAUAAAGAAUGCACCUUCUGAUUUCAAUCUUCUGUGCUUAUUCCGGUGGGGAUAAAAUA